AUGAUUGGUGAAAUCAACAAUGAGCACACCCGACAAGAUAUCGUGGAUGCACAGAGCCUUGGGCUUGAUGCUUUUGCCCUAAACUUCAAUCAAUUCGCCACGUGGUCAAAUAACACUGUCGAAUUCCUCUUUAUGAAUGCCGACAAUUUAGGCUUCGGGUUGUUCUUUUCCUUCGACAUGGCGCCGGGAUAUUUCACCGAUCCAUCCCAGUACGCUGGAUUUUUACAACAAUACAUGGCGAGGACAUCAUAUUACAAGUACAACGGCAAGCCGUUAGUAUCGACCUUCGGUAGUGAGGGCGUUAGUAAUGACCAAUGGGCAUCCUUCAAGAGCGCAGUAGGUGACGUUGUUAUCAUUCCUGGCUUCUACCAAGGCAUUUCUAGCGACUCUCUAUUCAGCAAUCGCCCAAUUCUUGACGGGGUCUUCAAUUGGAAUUCCUGGUCAUACCCGGAGGCUGGUAAAACAGCCGUGUCGACGGCAGAUGACCAGGCAUACAUGGCUGCUGCCCGAAGCGCCGGGAAGCUCUUCAUGAUGGGAAUGUCAACGCUCCAAUUCAAACACAUCGACGGCUCACAAAAUUGGUACCGUCGUGGGGAAGAGAAUCUCGAGUACCGAAUCGGGCAAGUGCUAGAGAUGCAACCGGACAUGCUGGAACUACAAACCUGGAAUGACGCUGGUGAGAGCCAUUACAUGGGGAACAUCUGGGACGAGCCGAUGACUGGAUCCCCAAUUCAUACAUACGUCGACGGGUACAGUCAUACCGGAUAUUGGCAGAUCCUCCCCGCAUUCAUUCAGGCGUGGAAGCGCGGGGAUACGACGACGGCGAAUAUUCUACCUACCAAUGGUAGAGCUAUGCAGGGAGCAUUUUGGCACCACACGCUUCUUGUUAACGCCGAUUGUGGUUUAGAUACGAUGGGAAAGCCUCAAGAAAUUGUUAAUGCAGAGGACGCAGUGAGUGGCGUGAUACUCGUCGCUAGGGGUCAGUCAAACUUAGUUGGUGUUGUUAAUGUUGGACAAACGGAACUUGGAAAAUUAAAUUUAGUAGAGGGCUAUAACAAGUUCAAAUUUGGUGGUCUCACAGCUGGGAAGGUAACCGUGGAGGUUUGGGAUGGAAGCACUAUGAUUGGUGGUGGCUAUGCUCCCAUUGAGGUCUCGAGUUCAGGGUCAACUUGCAACUAUAAUUUCCAAGUUGUCGGCUUUCCAAGUUGAAGCGGGCCAGAACAGUCCGAAG